GUGAACAUGCGACGGAAGAAGCAUCGUUAAAAAUGUAUUCUGCCAAGUACAAACCGGAUUGUUUCAAAGGAUUCCCACUGCACCGUGCGGCAGCAAGUGGUUCAUUGGCAAAGUGUGAACAAUUGUUAUCCGAUGGAGCUAAUCCUUACCAACCAACGCCGGACGGUUUAACAGCGCUUCAUGCGGCGAUCGCAAACAAGGCGGAACCUGUCGUGGAUCUACUGCUCGAUCGUUACGAGCAAGACUGGACGAUCGUACGGCAAACGAUCAAGCAUCAGUUUCUGUGGAAGGCAGAACAAACGAGCUGGAAAAAUAGACCGAUCUUGAUUGCCUGGACCGAAGAGGAGUGUGCUGCUGCGAUAACGGUCGCUUCCAGCUGCCCGGCAGGAAUUCCACUAAAUUUGCAGAUGUUUGUACUUCUGCAAACACCAAACUAUGGGCACCGUUUCAUUGCGCUGGACGUUUGUAAUCGGAGCAAGUGGUUCGAUAUUAUACGGCUUAUCUGUCGAUUACUAGCGAACGGUGUGCUGUCACUCGAUCGAUCCAGCAUGCGGCUGGAGGUUGAAAAUUAUCUUCAAGUUGCCUGUGCCUUAUCGACGAAGGAAAUAGUAGUGAAACUUAUUAGCCGUGGAGCAUCACUGAACGUUGCAUCCGGCAUGCAAGACCGUACACCAUUUAUGGCUGCCGGUGAAAGGAUGCGCAAAGAUGUGAUGGAUCUACUCAUGACAAAGUACGUCGAUCGGUUCGAUCCGUGUGCCUGCGAUCGAAGCAAUUUAACCGCGCUACAUUUAAUCAUGUCCCGGCAGCAUACGGCGAUGACGGAAUGGAUGAUAAAUUGUUUAUUAAACUAUCGCACCUCAAAGUUGCGUGAAUCGAAAUCGGUAGCAUUGAGCAGAUUAUUCACAUUCGAAUCACCAGACUGCAAAUCACAGAACGUGUGGAGCUUUGUACGAUCGAAUGCCAUGAAGAAACUGAGCGAAAAGUAUAUAAGAUUGUGUGAAAUGGAUGUACGAACACCACUGCACGAUACCACAACGCUUGCCGUGCUAAUCGGGCGCGAAAUAGCUUUAACAUAUUGUUUUGAGCAAAUUGAACAAAACUUAGAACUUCUUCAGCUGCAAGAAAGCUACAACCAUUUCAAUAUACUGCACGUAUUGAUAAGGCACAAACAGUUAUCAUUUGUUGAAGCUCUCUACCAGAAGCAUGGCGCGUUCGUUAAGGAAAUGUUUGAAGUGGUGGAAACAGCUUACGAUUUAUUGCGAAUUUUAAUUUACAAUAAGGAGGAACACGGCUUAUCGUUUGUGUUCAAACAUCAUCGCGAUUUUUAUACAAAAGAUAUGGACAAACUUCGACAAAUCGUGAUUACACAUCUUGAUGGCACUAAUCCAUCGCAUGGCAACCUAUUCGAAAUAAUUAAGGAAGCUGUACCGGAGCUCCGGGAGGAUGUGGAUACACUCAAACAAUCCAAAAAUUCACAAGAAAAUGAUUUUUACGAAGAUCUUCGUCAGCUUCGGGAUCAUUUUACGAAAACACUUACCAGGCUCGAAACAAAUGGUAAACGGUUAGACGAUUAUUUGGACCAAAAUCGGAGGACCUUUCUGCACGGGGCCGUUUCUUGGGGCGCAAAGGAUUUGGUAGCAAAGCUGCUCGCCCACAAUAUGGAUGUUAUGAAACUAGACGCGAACGGAUGUCUGCCGAUACAUUUAGUGUACAGGCACGAAAGUAUGUUUCUACUGCUACUAAGCAAAAACGAAUCGGCCCAACUAGCGUAUGUAAAGCCGAAUUCGGGCUAUAAUCUGUUGCACAUUAGCUGCCGGAAUGGACUUCAUGGAGAGGCGUUGAAGCAACUGAUUGACUACGGAAUGGAUGUAAAUGGUCCAACAUCGGAUGGAGAGUUACCGCUAUCGCUAGCAGCGUGCUGUGCUACGGUAACAUUUUUGCUCGAAAACGGUGCUCGUAUUGAUCUUCUAAAUGAAGAUCUAUUAAGCCGUAACCUAAAUUACAUGCAUAACUGUGCGGCAAUAGCAUUAAUACCACGCUUAACGCAUCUACCCUGGUUUCGGAAAUGUGCCCACCUUUAUCUGGUGUGGAUGAUUGAUACACAGAGUCGAUAUUUCUUUUCCUACAGCAAUCAAGAGUUUCUCGAGGAACAUCCCAACAUUCGUCGACUGUUGUUCGACAGUUUGUAUGAACAUUCGAAGGAAAAGAUGGCGGAAGUUUUUUCACGCGUCUGUCACAACUCGAUCCCAUGCUGCGUUCGGUGGUUUAUGGAGUAUGAUUAUGAUAUUGAUUACGAUCAUCAGUAUUGGGAUCAAUCGACACCACUGUUGGCUUUGUUUAGCUAUAUCGAGUGUGACAUAAACGAACAAGUAGCAAUGAUCGAAAAGUUGCUACAGAAAUCGAUCGAUGUUAAUGCGGCAAAUAGUAUGGGUCGUACGGCACUGAUCACACUGGCAAAUGGUUGGAGGAGACACUGUGAUCACCUAAAACCUGGUUUAGCAUCGUUGCUACUAAGGCGUGGAGCUAAGGUAGAUCAACAGGAUGAUCAGGGAAACACGGCAUUGCAUCAUGCGUUUGAAAGUGAGCAAUGGGAGAUGGUAGAGUUUUUGAUUGAAAAUGGCGCCAAUGUGUCUUUGAAGAACAAUGCUGGAAAGCGGGCGUGUGAAAUGGGGACUGCGAUGAAGCGCAGUUUGUUUGGAUUUGUAAAUUAG